AUGAUCAAAGAUUGGGUGAAUUUUCUGCCAAGUGAAAUAGACAGGUUUAUUAUUUCCCUUCAAGACCUGGUUCAAUCAUUUCAAACUGAGGAAGAGCUGACUUGGUUUGGACUAUCAGAUAAGUGGGCAGUUAAAGAGGAAUUUAAGGAUCACUUCCCUCGGAAAAGUCACUUGCACAUGACACCAGACGAAAGAAAAGUUGCACUAUGAUGCCUUUCCAAGCUGUGCCCCGACUCAGCCGCUUUUCAUAGAUGCAAACGGUUUAAGUUCUAAACUGGUCAUACCCGAAGUGCAUCGAUUGAGCCCCAAAACUCACAGAUGGACCCUCCUUUACCAUCAAAGAAGGAUCUAGAACGCCUUAUGGAUACUAAGGUUUGUCUGCAAAGUCUGCUGUGUUGGUACAUGAUGAAGCCACACGAGAUGGUUUCCAACAGGGAGCAUUUCUUGUCAGUAGCAGAAGACCCCAACCAAAUACUGCUCCAUACACAGUGACGUGUCUCAAGAGUGGAAAGUGUUCAUGCGAAUGUGUUUUUACAGCUGUAACAAUAUCUGCUGCCACACUGUAGCUGUAGCAUGGAAGACGGGUACUUAGUCCAGAGUGUUAGAAACUUACAUGGGUAGAAAUGUGUACAGCACAAGCACCUCCACAGUCUCGUCUUCAGUCGGAAAGAAGAAACCAGUAGCCGGUUUCAAACGGAAGAAUUUAGACGUGGAAACACGGCAGACUGGAAAUGAUCGUACAGGCAUCAGUAACAGUUCAAGUGCACUUUUGGUCCAGCCAGUAAACCCCACAACAGUUGUGAACAGGAAACCUGUUCGUCUAGAAGAUCCUCCUCCGGCUGCCCCAUUGCUUAUAAAGAAAAUAACUGGCAACAUCCGAAAAUGA